UCCAGGAACCUUCAUUAUUCGACAUCAUUCGACACUCUGCGCCUCAGACCGACACAGUCCUCACAAAGAGGCCACCUACCACUCUUGCCCUCUAAACGCCACUACAUGAACCUGUCGUUCCCUGUCUUGUCGCCCAUUCCUCCUCCUGACAAAUAUCACCAUGAUUACUCUGACCUGCGCUCUCCGAUCCUGACACAGUCCGUCCCUUCUCCUAUCUACACCAUCGUCCAGAGCCCCGAAUUCUUCUCAGAUUUUUCCCGGACCAUCCUCCCAUUCUUCCAGCUCAUACCGUGGAUAAUGGCGGCCAUACUUGGAGGAGGCGAGGAAGCCAUGGGGCAAUUGGGACAAUUCCCGCUGGAGCAAUGGUUCUUUGAGAUGCCACCUUGUACCCGGUACUGGACCACGGCCACGGUCAUCACGUCGAUUCUGUUGCAGUGCAAGGUUAUCACACCGUUCCAACUGUUCUAUUCCUGGCGAGCGGUAUACUACAAGUCACAGUACUGGCGACUGAUAACCACGUUCAUAUACUUCGGCCCACCGUCCCUCGACCUUGCUUUCCACGUCUUCUUCCUUCAGCGAUACUCGCGACUCCUGGAACAAGGUUCAGGCCCUUCACCAGCGGUGUUUUCAUGGCUUCUCCUGUAUGCUUGCACAUCGCUGCUUGCUCUGAGCUCGCUUACAACAUCGAUACCCUUCCUUGGCUCGGCAUUGUCAAGCACUCUGGUCUACAUUUGGUCUAGACGGAACCCGGAUACUCGCCUCAGUUUUCUUGGAGUCUUAGUCUUCACUGCACCUUAUCUACCCUGGGUGUUGAUGGCAUUCCAUAUGUUUAUGCAUGGCAGCAUCCCGAAGGACGAGAUUCUAGGCGUGAUCGUUGGUCACGUCUACUAUUUCUUUGCCGAUGUAUGGCCUGGCCUACACGACGGACAGCGACCUAUGGAUCCUCCCGAAGUCUGGGUUCGGUUGUGGGAAGGACGACGACCGGGGACAGGCGAAAGGAAUAUUGAUGGAGAUGUGGCGGCCGCUGCAGCACGACCAGGAGAGGUACGGUGAAUGAAGCUAUAUGAUGGACUCAUAAUAGGGCACCACGUAGCUUUUAUUGCGAACUCACGACUUAGACGAUAAUCUCAAAGAUCAUGCCAUUUUUAAAUCACGACAUAUCAUACUGUGGCCCACGUUUUACCACAGGAAUGGGCGUGGCACAGUACUCAGUACGCGGACUCAAGGUGGCCACAUCACCUUCCUUCAGAUGCCUUGGAUGCAACGGAACUUUGCGUUUUAGCGGAGGAAUUGGACAGCUCUUGCCCACGGAAAUCUCCAGCCAAACGGCAAAUCAGUGGAGCUUCGUGAUCAGCUAAGCACUGCCACGUCCAGACACCAGCUCCAUCAUCACCACCAGAGCAGCACCCGCGCGAAAAUGACAAGGAUAGACACAACAAUCGGGCACACUUUCUGUAUAGAAGAGGUGCAGCAGCCUCAGGUCAAUUCGCUGGACGAUGGUUCCUUCUUGCCCUGUCGCCCUGUGUCGGAUCAGCCUCAUUUUCAGAUUAUUCGACGAGGCUGCCGGAUGAUUAGGUCAAACUGUGCGACUUUGGGCAAACGUCUUCUUAAUGAACGCCACUGCUCCCUGUGACAUAUCUUCCUCCCAAGCUUGGUGAUAUAUGACGAUCAACGCCGUUGAUGUUAUGUUCGGAGGCGCCGUGGCCUUACGUGUGUCGUCACUGACUCCGUCGAGAUAUUCCUGGCAACUGAACAGCGCCCGAGUGGGAAAUUAUAGCAUGAUCGUCU